AGGCCGGGCAUGGCUCGAGGGCGCCUGGGAACCCCCUCCGCCGAGCGUCUCCGUACAUCGGUAGCGCAGCGGCAGGCAGUGCCCGAGGAGGCGCCCGCCAUCUCGACCGGCGAUGUCGGAGCGGCACGCCUACGGCACGUCCUGCGGGUGCGUCAGCCGCAGGAUAUUCGUCCUCGUGUCCUGCCUGGUGCUGGCGGUCCUCUGCUACCUGCAGCUGGGCCGCUGGUUCCUGGAGCUCCAUCUGCUCAGCCCCGCCACGGAGGAUGCGAACCAGCGCCUCCACUGCACGGGCACCGAGUGCCUCGAGGUCUGGAGCUGCUACGGCAUGCGGGAGACCACCUACCACCUGCGGGAGCCCUUCGUCACGGCCGUGGGGGCCGUCACGCUGCCGCUCGGGGUGUACGGUGCCCUUCAGGGCAGCCAGUGGCACCUUCAGGCGGCCACCCUCUACCUGAUCUUGGGCGCGCGCUGCUUCCAGCUUGACAAUGGGCCGCACAGGUGGCUGACGUUGUGUACGUCGAGACGUGUGGCUCCUACCCGUUCAACGUGGUGGACCAGAUCCUCCUGGAGACAAAGGGGCUUGUCUACAAGGCUAUCCAGGAGAAGCUGUCUGUGAUGUCAAGCUUCGGUGUCGACAACGUCGACGCUGCCACGGCCGGCUUCUACACGAUGGUGCCUCUCUGGGGCCUGUGGCUGCUCGUGGUGGGGUACCUGGCCAGCCAGGCGCAGCUGCUCGGGAGAUUGCUGG